UUGUCGACAGUUUUAAUCCAUCACAAUCGUUUAUUAUACCAAAAUAUUAUCUAAAAGAUUGUCCACAAACACCAUUAAUGCAUGUUUGGGCACCGGUUAUGAAAAAUGUUCAUAUCGAUGAUGAAACAACAUUACAUCAUAUACCAUAUCUUGGUGAUAAUAUUCUAAAAAAAGAAGAUAAUUUUAUUGAAGAAUUAUUAACCAAUUAUGAUGGAAAAAUUCAUACGGAAAAAGAAAAUUUUACCGAUGAAAUUCUUGUCGAAUUAAUCGAUAAACUCAGUCCAUCUAUACCGGUGGAUCAAAAUGUUUACGAAAUUAUUUCGAAUGUUUUUGCUGAUCGAGGUACAACCGAUAAUAUUCGACAACGUUAUAAUGAAUAUCGUUCGAAAAAACCCGAUCCACCAAUGGAAACACCACCAAAUAUUGAUAGCGAUCUGGGUAAAGUUUAUUCAUUCGAUAAAAUUAUGCAUUCAUAUACAAAUCUUUAUUGUCGUCGUUGUCAUACAUAUGAUUGUACUGAUCAUACAUUUUAUAAUGUAAAAUUUCGUAACAAAAAUGAAGGACGUAUAAAAAAACAGAAUCCUUGUGGUAAAGAUUGUUAUCUAAAUCUGGUAAGCUUGGUUAUUGUUGAUGAAAAUCUAUCCAACGAUUCUGGUGAUGAUCAAGAUCUACCACGGAUAAAAUCAACAAUAUUAGAUCAAAUAAAAUUUGAUCAAUGGAAUAAUUUGGAUAAAACAUUAUUCAAUGUUUCGAUAAAAUCAUAUUAUAAUAAUUUUUGUAAUAUUGCAACAUUAUUAUUGAAACCAUGUAUCGAAAUUUAUGCCUAUUCCGAACAUAUAAAAAAUGAUAUUGAAAAUGAUGAUGGUAAUAAUAACCCAUAUGAAGAUAUGCGUAAUAAAAAGAAAAAAAAGAAACCAAAUAAAUGGUCAGCACAUUGUAAAAAAUUACAAUUGAAAGAUUCAUCAUCAAAAACAUUGAUCAAUUAUACACCAUGUGAACAUGUUGAUUCAAAAUGUGAUCAAUCUUGUUCUUGUGUACGUAAUAAAUUAAUUUGUGAAAAAUAUUGUGCUUGUAGUAAAGAUUGUCCGGAACGUUUCCCCGGUUGUCGGUGUAAAGCACAAUGUAAUACCAAACAAUGUCCAUGUUAUUCAGCUGUACGUGAAUGUGAUCCUGAUAUUUGUGGUACUUGUGGUGCUGAUCAAUCAGAUUUACAAAAUGUACGAUGUAAAAAUAUUGCCAUACAACGUGGUAUGAAAAAGAAAUUAAUACUUGGUGUAUCGGAUAUUGCCGGAUGGGGAAUAUUUUUGAAUGAUGUUGCCGAAAAAAAUGAUUUCAUUUCGGAAUAUUGUGGUGAAAUGAUUUCACAGGAUGAAGCCGAUCGUAGGGGUAAAAUUUAUGAUAAUAAUCGUUCAAGUUUUCUAUUCAAUCUAAAUAAUGAUUAUGUAAUUGAUGCAAAACGUAAAGGAAACAAGAUUCGUUUUGCUAAUCAUUCAAUCAAUCCAAAUUGUUAUGCAAAAGUAAUGAUGGUUAAUGGUGAACAUCGUAUAGGAAUAUUUGCUAAACGAAAAAUAAAAAAAUUUGAAGAAUUAUUUUUCGAUUAUCGUUAUGGACCAAAUGAUCAGCUAAAAUUUGUACGAAUUGAACGUGAUCAAUAACUUAUUGAUAAUCAAAUGACAAU